CUGGUUCACCACUUUACCCUUAUGACACUGAAAAAAAUGGAAGAGAUCUUGUUUAUAAAUUAUAACACAUCUGAUUGAAGUCUAAUUGGAUUCUCUUUAUUGACCAUCGUUAGGAAUUGGGUUUUACAUUACAAAGUCCCGCCUUCGAGAGUUCCAGGUAGUUUUGCCGACCACUGCCCCUCGGUCGUCGACUGACAGAGAUGUCUAAUGACGAGGAGAAUACCAGAAGUUGCGAGGAGGAAAAAAACCCAGAUGCUACUUCUUCCUCCUCGAGCGAAAUUGAAGCAACCUGGUACAGUAGCUUUCUCCAACAUGCUUCAGUGUAUGGCAUCGCUGCCGGAUACUGCAUUUCAGCAUCUCUUCUAUCUAUCAUCAACAAGUGGGCUGUCAUGAAAUUCCCUUACCCCGGGGCACUGACUGCCUUGCAGUACUUCACCAGCGCUGCUGGGGUCUUCCUUUGUGGGAAGCUCAAAGUUGUAGAGCACGACCCACUUGACUUAAGGACUAUGUGGCGCUUUCUACCUGCAGCAGUGAUAUUCUACCUCUCCCUCUUUACAAACAGUGAGCUCCUUCUCCAUGCCAAUGUUGAUACUUUCAUUGUUUUCCGGUCUGCAGUCCCCAUUUUUGUUGCAAUUGGAGAAACGCUUUACUUGCACCAACCCUGGCCUUCAACCAAGACGUGGAUGUCAUUAGCUACCAUUUUUGGAGGAAGUGUGCUUUAUGUCAUAACUGAUUACCAGUUUACCCUGACUGCCUAUAGCUGGGCCUUGGCUUACCUGGUUAGUAUGUCUAUCGACUUUGUGUACAUAAAGCAUGUGGUGAUGACAAUUGGCCUCAAUACAUGGGGUCUUGUUCUCUACAACAAUUUUGAGGCCCUCCUUCUGUUCCCGUUGGAGCUACUUAUAAUGGGGGAGUUGAAGAAGAUAAAGCAUGAGAUUUCGGAUGAGUCAGAUUGGUACUCUUUUGGGGUCAUUUUUCCUGUGGCCUUGUCCUGCUUAUUUGGUUUGUCCAUCUCCUUUUUUGGGUUCUCUUGCCGAAGGGCAAUUUCUGCAACUGGAUUCACUGUGUUGGGCAUAGUGAACAAACUCUUAACAGUUGUGAUCAAUCUAGUAAUCUGGGACAAACAUUCUACACUGGUGGGGACAGUGGGGCUAUUAAUUUGUAUGUUUGGUGGAAUUAUGUACCAGCAGUCUACAAGCACCGAGCCUAAGGCUGUUGCAGAAACAAAAACAGAAGGGAGUGAAGAGGAACAACGAAAGUUACUUGAAAUGCAGACCAACACAGAAAGCAAUAUCACUGAAAAGGAAGAUGUGGAUUCCAGACAGUUGAAAUGAGGGUGCCAUUUCCCAUUUUGCCCAUUUAAAGUCAACCUAUUUGCAUCCAUUUCCAUUUAUUGUAUUCUUGUUCCAUUUUUUAUUGGUUUGUAUUUUUCCCAAUUGAUCAUUUAAAAAAUAAUCCUUUUCUCUUUCAAUUCAUUGUUUGGGAUAAUAUUGAUAGACCUUCACCACUAUUCACUGUUAGGAUACUAUUAUAGCUGUUGUAGAAGCAGUUCAAUUUGAUGAUUUUUA